UGGGGGUGCCGUGGGCGUGGUGGUGGCAGAGGAAGGUGCUGCUGCCGACGCCUACCCAGCCCUGUCGUCGGGCCCCGCGGCGCCUUCCUCUUGGCGUCGAUGCGAACCACUCGACCUGCACGCCUGCUUACGACGACGUCACAUGAGCAGUCACUGUGCGGCGACAUGUCUCCCAAGUCGAUCCUGAAGAAGGCGGCGGCGCCUGCAGAGGGCGCGCCUGGUGCAAAGCCCGUCAACGAGCGCCACCUGCAGGUCGCCCUCCACCACGCCAACAUCAUCGAGCAGCGCAAGGUGGUCGAGGGCGACGUGCUGGACGCCAUCAUCGCCCUGCUGGACUAUCCCACCUCGCCCGCGGCAGACCCCACCCGCCCCUCGCCUGCCGAUGCCCUGUACUUCCGCAAGGCCAUGAUCCCCUUCCAGCCGGCAGACUACGACUCGCUCAUCGAGGAGCGCAACAUUGCCGACAAGUGUGGAUAUGCCCUGUGCCCCCGCCCCAAGAGGAAGGCGCCCUCGACCGCCAGGAAGCAGUUCAUCGACACCGACAAGGGCGUAGAGAUCGUCGACAGGAAGGUGCUGGAGGUGUGGUGCUCGGACGACUGCGCAAGAAGGGCGCUGUACGUCAAAGUGCAGCUGAGCGAAGAACCUGCCUGGUUGCGCCAGGGCGGCUAUGCUGACAACAUCGAGCUCAUGGUGGACAACACCAAGGAACACAACACAGCACUGCCGUUGCGAGUAAAGCAGCAAAACUCUACGCCAGCACCUGCAGAUGAAGAGGACGUCGACAUCGAGGCUGCGUGGUCAGCUCGUGACGACGCCAUGGCAGAUCUAGCUAUUGAGCGCGGCGAGAAACCAGGUCAACUGAGCAAGGCAAACAAUGAUCUCAUUUUGGACCAGAUUGCCGAACGAGAUACCGCCAGCGCACCGCCACAGCCUCCGUCCCUUCCUGCCCAGACCUCUGGGGCUACCAUGGCCAUUGAAGGGCAUGUCCCUCGCAUCAACAGAGUAGACGAAGACGAUGAUGAAGAUGAUGCGCAGGACUGGGACAAAGCAUUACCAGGGUGAGUUAUGUUGGGCGUUUCAGGACGACUCAUCAUUUUCACGGCGUCAGCCUGCCUCCUAUCUGAGGACCAAGCUUGCCUCGGAUGUAUGCCCUUGGAAGCAAGAUGCAUAGCACCGUAGUCACGACACACGAGCAAGCCCAAGCCAUGCAGUCCGACGUUCCAUCAAACACAUUGGAUGGACCCUAGUGUAAAGCACCCGAAGUUGGGGAGAGCAGCGCACUGAAGACAGGCUUGGAGAGUUGUUGGCGCAUUAGCAGGGUGGUAGAUAGUGACGAAUAACAUAGUAAAUUCAA